AUGGAUGAGGGCUCCGAUAAAGCCCCUCGGCGGAAGAGGGUCUCCAGAGCAUGCGACCGUUGUCGCAGUAAAAAAUUCGUCUCCCGGACUAACCGCCCGCACUCGGAAUCUCAGGACAAAUGUGAUGGAGUUCGUCCCACUUGCUCCGCCUGCCAGGCUUCGGACCACACAUGCUCCUACGAUCCCCAUGCGAAGAAACGAGGUCUACCGGAAGGUUAUGUACGGGGUCUAGAGAAACUAUGGGCGCUCUCUAUCUGCAACAUCGACGGGUUUGAAGAAACCAUGUUAGCCAUGCUGGGAACCACGAUGGAAUCGGCCGGUCGUCGCGGCAAGAUGAUGUCCGUCUGGACGGACGACAAUAAUUCAGAGAGCCUUCAUGAGACCUGGAAGACUAGUCGCCUGUUUAGCGCACUCGAGAAAAUGCUAUCAAACUCCGAGCCAGCCCCCCUCACCACCGGCAAACGACCGCGAAGCCCCAACGAUGAUUUUGCAGACGUCUCGGAUAGUCAUUGGGGGUUUCGAGUUGGUCGAGAAAUGACCCCUCUGGGAUCUGACGCGCCUCGAGUGGUCGGACCCCCCGGCCUCUCCCCAAUUACGAAACGAGCUCGCCUGGCGCAGGCCCCGGACAAUCGUAGCUCCCAAUUGAGCAAUAGCCCCCAUACCCUCCAACUACCACCGCAGACCUCACAACUCCUCGAUAUUUACUUCGCGACAACGCACUCUUGGUUCCCCGUUGUCGCCAAACACAACAUCCUUCGCGCCUCCUACCUCUACGCCAAUGCACCAUUCUCAGUGGCGACAACAUCUCCGGGGUCCGGAGACCAUGCAACACUAUGGGCUAUUUUAAGUUAUACCAUUACUCAGUCUCGACCCGAUCCGCGAGCCCGUCCGGAGGGAGCUUUGUCUCUUGCGAAAGAGUACUAUGCAGUAGCCCGAAAUCUCAUCCCUUCGGAAAACGAACGUUACGAACUCGGUCACAUUCAGGCAUUACUCUUACUAACGUUGGUGAACAUGGGAUUAGAGGACUGGACAGCCUCGUGGCUGUUAAGUGGCCAAGCAGUGCGGAUGGCCGUUGCCAUGGGUUUGGGAGCCAUGACGGAUACCCGUCGCUCGGAUGAAUUGAGACAAGGCAAAGCGGUCUUCUUGGGGUGCUUUGUGGUCGACUCAUUACUAUCGUUCCGUCUCUCCCGAUCUCCGGCAAUGUCGUCGAAUGAUUUGACUACCGUGGGCCUUUUGGAAGAGGAUGGAUUGGAAGAGUGGAAUUCGUGGGUGGACGUUCUCCCUCCCACUGGUGCGGCACAUGGCAAGAACCCUCCUCGAAGAGGUCCGCUACUAGCAUUAAGCUGCUUCAAUCGAUUGGUUGAACUGGCCAGUGUACUCAACAAGACUUCUCGCAACUUAGCCAUGGGUUACAAACCUGCCUCCUUCGCACAGCAGCUGGUCGUGGACCUCAAGCAAUGGGAUGAUGGGCUACCUCUUGGAUGUCGCUUGAUCGGGCCUGAGAGUAUCUAUCCGGACCGACAUUCUGCUUUGUUGCCGCAUCAGAGUUAUCUCGGACUCACUUAUGUGGCGACCCUUCUUUGGCUUUACUUGCACCUGAUUCCCGGAGAGCAGGGGUUGCACCGAAGCCAGCGACCAGCAACCGAGGGAGCAAAGAAGCUAUUGUAUAGAGGGCUGUCGAUGAUUUCACAACACCUGGAAAAUUUCCCCAUGUGCGGACUCCCGCCUAUUUUCGAGUUCGGCAUGCGCACCAUAUCCGAACAGGCCUUUUCACUACGACAAACAGUGGAUUCUUCGGAUAGCUUCCCAUUUUCCCAAUGGGCGGAGGAGUUUCAGCAAAAAACAACCGCGUUGAUACCGACAUGGCCCGUGUAUGGCUCCUUGGUAUCUUCAAUGGAACGCUGGCAACAGCCGCAUGACUUUCCUAGAGCCCAGCCAGGAUUUUCUGGCGCCAUCGUUCCCCCCUCGAUGCCCGGAACAGCAACACUCGGUCCCAUGCAGCCGGUCGGUGCACACGGCAUGCUUCCGCACGAUCAAGGGAGCUAUGCUUCAUCUAUCCUUGGAAUUAGCAUUCCCGUCGACGGUCAGUCGUUGACACCCAAAGACACCGUCAUGGAGAACACGGAUUUAUCCAUGAUGGAAGUACCGUUGCAGCAAGCGCAGCAGCCAAUGGACACACGCUCGAUUCUUUCGGAGAAAGUGACCCCGCGCAGUGGACCAGAUAUGAUGUACGCCUCCACUGGCACUACUCACCCGCAGCCACAAACCCCAGAUUCCGCUACCUCUAACCCAAUGAUGGGUAAGCCUCCCACGAGUGAUCGAACCGGACCGAGCGAGAUGGGAUAUCCCGUUGGGAACGGGGACCUCGACGCGAUUUUCAAAGACCUGGCAUACCUGGACACAACUGAAUGGUCCAACAACCGCGAGGCUGGCCUCAAAGAUUUUGGAUUCUUGGACGAUAGCACUUUCCAGGCCUUCUGCCAUGACCCUGAUCGACUGGUAGGAUCACAACCUCUUGUCCACCCCCCAUCCAUUGCAGACAUCUGGCCACCUCCGGGGUUCUUCCCAGAGAUGUUCCAGGAAGUUCCGGAGAAGACCAUGAACGGCUGA